GGUGAACUGCACGGUGUGAUUUCUGUCAGGCGCAUUCUUUAACAUUUGAACGGCUUCGAUCCGCCUAUCGGUGUCAAGUUUGGACACGCAGCUCUCAGACACGCCCAGUGCGUGAAGCAGGUAAGGUGGAUCAGGAAAUUGCGCUGCGGCUUUGCGCAAAUGCCCGACAGUUUUUUUCCCCAAACUGACGCGGUGGUUUAGCAGCAUGCGGGGCGCAGAGCCUUGACCCCAACCGUGGAUUGUUGUUUUUUCCCCAUGCUGGGUCUCAGGACGGCGGACUGGAGAAGAUGGGUUCACUGCUCAUAGGACUGCUCCUGCUGCUCGUGCCCCAAACUUCAGAAUGUCUUCAGCUCACAGUCCACCCUGAAGACGUUUCUACGGUGACCUUGUCCACCUCCCUUCCCCUGGACCAGUGUAGUGUAUGUGAGCUCAAAGAUCAGGUUGUUGGAAACUGUGUUACCUCCCUGAAGAUUGAGCCCAGUGAAAAUGCCACGGUGCACUUGAAUUGCACAGAACCCCACGAGGCCAUCUCAGUCCUGAUUGAGAACAGAAUUGAAUGUACCAAAACGGAUUGCACUCCUGAACGAGGCAAUGUGCCAGCCUCCUUCCUCUCAGGAUUCAAAAGGAAGCUUGUGUGGGAGCUGGGGGCUCCUGCAGAAACGAAUUUGGCUGUGAACUUUUCUGAUCAUGGUCUGAAGAAGGUGGCCGAAGGGGACAAGUGUGACGAUGGAUACAGAUACGCUGUGGUCACGAAAGGAUCCGAUGCUAAGCUACAAAGUCAGCCGUACUGCAGGAAUGUUGGUUCUGCAUAUUUAACGCUCCCUAAUCGGGCCACGCUGACUCUGCUAGUCUCACAGCAAGAGGAGCUGCCCCUCAGCCUAUUCACGGUGAUGCCACAACCUCCCCAGAAACGAGCCAUAGUACCUGGUCAGUCAGUGAAGGUGACCCCGGACCCCAACACCAGGGUCAUCAUCAGCAGGAAGCUGGCGAGUUCUGAUUGUACCGUGUGUGUGGGUGAGGGCCCCUCACAGACCUGUGCUCCACAACAGACCCUUAGUGAAUCUUUGACCACGACUGUGGAUUUCAGCUGCUCCAAGCCUCAGGAUGUCUUCUCUGUUGAGGUCAAUAGGGAUCUUGAUUGUUCAAAGGACUGCAAUUAUAAUGCAAUACAUCCAGAGAGUUCCAUCUUCCGAGACUUUGACAGGACCUUUACAUGGGACAUGAAAGUGGUAUCCUCAAUGGCCUUCCAGCUAGACUUCCCAGCACCAGGAAUGAGACAGAUUCCAUCAUCAGAUCACUGCCCCGACAAACACACCUACACCAUCUUAAUGUAUGCACGAGCAGGAACUGUUAGCUUGGGUACAUUCUGUCGAAACGGCACCAUCAGUCGGAUGCAGGUUCUUUACAAAGGUCGUGUUACACUGAUGGUUCCCAGAGACACAGACCUGAUAUCAUCGAACUUCAAAUACUCAAGAACUAGUGGUUCAGCAUCAGCAGUAAUGGAUGCCACUCUUCCUCGUGGGCAAACAAACACGGACUUCUUCAGUGCCCAUGACAUCCCUAGCGAUUCUGUGAUGAAGUGGAACUUCGUUGUACCUCCCAUGCACAACUUCACCAUUCAGUUCUUGAGCUACGUGAAGCCAGAAUGCCAAAGCAAAGAAGUGAAAGUUACAUACCAGCAGAACAAGGUUUCAAUUGAAAAAGCUCUGACGGAUGAGCAACCAACCAAUUAUCAGGGAGACUUCAGCCUGUCUUUGACAAAUUGUGACGCGGUGCGGAAGGCUGGUGUCGCUGGCCUCUCUCUCAGCUACAGGGUCUCUGUGUUCAGGAGUGGAUAUCCAUAUCAUUGCACAGUAGAUCUCCAAAGCUUUCAAGGACUGAGUCUCCAAAUAGAGAACACAAACCCAGCCUCUUUCUGUGAGUUCCGCAUGGACUCUGUGGUGCAGGAGAAGAUCGUGGUGCCUGCAGGCUCCAAGGUCGACCUGUCCUUCCUUGACUGCCCUAGUGACGAGCUCCUUCUCACAGCCACUCAGACCAUAGAGUGCCAGAGCUUGUCCUCGUGUUCAGUGAAUGGCAUUCUCCUCACCAUCCCCUCUUUGGACUUAUGCCUGCCUACUCCUCUUCGCCAGUUCAGAUGGGACCUGCGUGUUCCUGAGCAGGGUUCGGUAGAGCUGAGCUCGCCUCAGGGCAGCCUGCACCAGUCUGUGCCGGGGCAAGAGUGCGAUGGUUCUGUCUCUUUGCUAGUCUCUGACACUGAUGGCUCCAAUAUUGGCCGCUUCUGCUAUCGUAGCAAUCAAGGCACCAUCCAGAAGGUCCAGAUCUUUUCUAAUGUCACCAUCUCUGCUAAGGCAGAUGGGACUAAAGACCUGAGCCAACAGCAAGGAUCUAUCUUUAACAUCUCCUUCAGGUCUGAGAUCACAGAGACGCUGAUCUAUACUGUGUCUCCACUUGUGUCAACUCCUGUUCUCCUUGCAACGCCCAGCUGGCCUGGAGCAAUGAAGGCAGACUCCACCAUAUCAUGGAUCGUCACCAUUCCAGAGGAGUACAGUGCAGAGUUACUCUUUAUCAACGUCUCCCAGCCUCGGUGUGAGAGGAGCCACACCAGAGUGGCCAUUCAGGAGAUGGGCUCAAGCGAGGAGCAGAGCUUCCGGGAAGACGAACAAUACAACGACAAAUACGACAUUCAGAGUAGUUUCUACCUCAACAUGUCUAACUGUGAACCUGAGCAUGGCACCUUCACUGCUCUCAGCAAGAUCUCCCUGCAGAAGAAAACGCGGAAACUGCUGAGCAUCAUCUUGGCUGUAGUUGGAGCACUGCUGGCAGUCAUGGUCAUCAUUCUUGCUGUAGUUUGUGUGGUAGUGAGGAAAAAGAAGCGGCUGAUCAACAGAUCAUCCAUCUAUAUUCCCAAAGGGCCCGUCUCCCUCCCUGGCGAUGCCAGCUUCUCAAAAAGUCGAGGGGAAAACGACUCCCCUGUCUAUGCCUCUAUUGAUGAUACCAUGGUCUAUGGCCAUCUUUUAGCACAGGAUGGCCACACAGACAGAGGGCCUGGUAAUUUCAAUGGCCAUCAGGUUGGCACAUAUCGCACAUUCACUAGUCCCAUGGAAAUAUCAAGCAAAGAGAGUGGAUGUGAGCUGGAGUCGAUGCAAGGACCUGAGAAAGAUGCUUACCGUCCUUUCCUGGACCCAUCCGAGACCUUUAUGCCUGCCAGACCUCGCACUCCAUUGGAUACGGUGGACAGCAUGGGCUGGGACCGCAGAACGGUGGAUAACGAAUUGUAUACCUUUAAGAACCCAGGUGAUCCAAACCCAAACCGCUUAUCUGCUGUGGAACCAUUGCCUCCGCCAGAGCCUGUGGACAACUCUAGGUCUGAAUCUGAUGAAGCUGAGCCACAGUACGACAUGCCCGACAUGUAGUGCUGGAUGGAGAAAAGGAGGAUAUAAAUUGUGGAGUAAAGGUUCUGAUCCAGGAUUUCCUUGUACAGGUCGAGCCCUGAUGGGCAAAGUGUUGUCCUGGAAUUCGUGAAUACCAUGAAAUGAAGCAGCGUUCACCUGCCUGUGCUGAACAUCACUGGAAGCACACAUUCAGACAUGUAUGUUUGCUUAAUUUGUAUUUUAAAGACACUUAAAAGUUAAGCAGAUCUUUCUGCAUCAGCAAAAGCUGCAGUGGUUCGCUGUUGAUCUGGUGUUUUUAAAUGCAAGUCCGCUGACUUAGAUUUUAUGGACUCCUCAGCUUUUUGUAUAUGAAUAACAUACAACAUAAUGAGAACCGAGAUGGCGGAUGGACACGUGGGAUUUCCAAAAUCAUACCAACAGGAUCUUAACGAUGGAGAACUUUUGGUUACUUGUACAUAUUUAACGUCCACUAAUACUUUUUUGACAAAUGUCAUAAUCUUUGUCUGAGCCCAAAGGUUCAAAUACAUGGCUUUUAUUUAUCUUUUGAAAUUCCUUGUAAUGUAUAUUUCUCCCACCCUUUUAAGUAAUAAAUUUUUAGGAAUUUAAGGAGCUGUAUUUCACUUGGUGUUAUGUUUUUGUAGAUUUUGAACUCCCAAUCACUGGGACAGGUUUUUGGUAGAGAAUAUAUUGAUAAUGUUCAUGUUAGACAUGAAUUUGUUGUAAAAUAAACAAGCAAUGUAAAGGUA